AUGGAGGGGGACUCACCCGUUCAGCAACAGGCAACAACCAUCCCCAGAAGCCACGAUCCGAUCACCUUACUCGGUCUUCCAACCGAGAUUCUCAGACGCAUGGUCUUCUUCGUCGAUAAAGGAGAUCCAUUGAAUGCUUCCAUCCUAUGCAAGCCCAAAGCCCCUCAACACAGGGCACCUCCACACCGUUUGUCUCUCAAAGCAGAACAAAGACACUAUUGUCACGAUGGACUUGACUACAAGGACGCUCCCCUCAAAAGCCUGACCUUGACCUGUCGGUUCCUUCGCAAGCUCGUCUUACCCUUCCUUUUCGAACACAUCAGCAUUUCUCCUAAUGAUUUCAUCCGCUUCCUCACAUUUCUGCGCUCGAAAGGCCUUGAUUCCAAAGUCUUAGGCCUCCAUGUCUACCUGACCACGCAAUACAACCAUGUUCAACCACCCUGGUGGUCUCACAUGCUUAAUGCAUUGCCUACUGUCAGAAAAAUCACCGUCACCGGACGACCAGAAGUACUGAAUGGACUUGUCGGAAUGCAUUCUUGGACGAAUGAUGCCUGGGCCUUCGAUAUGCCUUUGCAAAUCCUCCAACUCCGCCGAUCAGUGAGAUCUACCCAUCAUCAGAUCGACUACGAGACCAACCCUGAUUUCCUGACCUCAGAGAACUGGACGAGUAUGACCGUCAAUGAAGGCUCCAGCCUGCUAGCCUACACGACCUACGAGUUCUUCUCGCGUCGGACACCUUCCCUGAUGACCGCCCUGUGCUAUAAUUGUUCCGUAGCCGCUGGCACGCUGUUCGCAAAUCUCACACAUUUUGAUUUCAUCGCCAUUUUCCCCUUUUCCAGUCAUACGGAAGAAGUUCUUCACUGUAUCCGGAGAAUGAAGCGUCUCGAGCGACUCUUCUUGAAAUUAUGCCCAGACCCCGAAACCACCAUAUUCCGUGACGAAGUCGAAGCGGCCGGCGGCCACAUGGAUAUCAAUGACCCAUGGAACGAAUUUGAGAUGUCGUGGGAAUUGAUAGCUCACACGGUGCUGUUUUUGACCAUGGAGGGCGAGCUUCAGGAGCUUGAAAUGGCCGACAUGCAGAUUGAACCGCUACAGCAUGCACUCAAAGAGAAGAUGACCGGUUCGCUACGGCAGUGGUGGUCCUACAGUGGCAAUGCCUCCGGGAUCUGGCGACGAAGGAAAACACGUCUCAUCAUCGAGCCUGAAACACCAUCCGAUACGGUCCCGGGCUUCUUGAAUGAUUGA